AUGUGUGGGACAAGGGAGCUUAUGAAGUCCAAUGAAAUUAAGAAAAUGAGGGAUAAGGUGGAGCUUAAAUGCUGGGUUGCUGAUUUAAAGCAAGUGGGAGGACCAUGUUUGAUUAUUUCACAGACAAUGAACAAUAAAGAUGUAAAACCAGUCACCCAGUCAGACAAGGGCAAGAUUGUCCCUAUGGCAAUCAUAUUUGUGGUGCUAUGUGGAUUUUCUUUCUAUAUGGGUAUAAUCUUUUGUUCUGAGAAGGACGGUUUUGCGUCAAUUUACAGCCAGAAAUCCAUUGAAUCUCCCAAGGAGUCAUCAAUAAGUUCUCUGUCGAUUAAAUACAUCAGUUUUCCUGAAUGCGGUGCUGACUAUCAAGAUUACACUCCAUGCACCGAUCCAAGGAGAUGGAGAAAAUAUGGCUCCUAUAGGCUUACUUUGUUGGAACGCCAUUGCCCUCCAAAAUUUGAGAGGAAAGAAUGCUUAGUUCCUCCCCCAGAUGGGUAUAAGCCUCCAAUUAGAUGGCCAAAGAGCAGAGAUGAAUGUUGGUACAGGAAUGUCCCAUAUGACUGGAUUAACAAGCAGAAGUCCAAUCAGCAUUGGUUGAAAAAGGAAGGCGAGAAAUUCAUCUUUCCUGGUGGGGGUACUAUGUUCCCCAAUGGUGUUGGUAAAUAUGUUGAUUUGAUGCAAGAUCUGAUCCCAGAGAUGAAAGAUGGGACUAUUCGAACUGCCAUUGAUACUGGUUGUGGGGUUGCUAGCUGGGGUGGUGACUUGCUGGAUCGUGGGAUUUUAACACUUUCUCUUGCACCAAGAGAUAACCAUGAAGCUCAGGUUCAAUUUGCUCUGGAGCGUGGUAUCCCUGCAAUACUCGGUGUCAUUUCUACUCAGAGACUUCCAUUCCCUUCAAACUCCUUUGAUAUGGCUCAUUGCUCCAGAUGCCUUAUCCCCUGGACAGAAUUUGGUGGAGUUUAUCUCCUUGAAAUACAUCGGAUUCUUCGGCCUGGAGGAUUUUGGGUCUUGUCUGGUCCACCAAUAAACUAUGAGCGCAGGUGGCGUGGAUGGAACACAACCAUUGAAGCACAAAGAUCAGAUUACGAGAAGUUGCAGGAAUUGCUGACUUCAUUGUGCUUUAAAAUGUACAAGAAAAAGGGUGACAUUGCUGUAUGGCGGAAGUCUCCAGAUAACAAUUGCUAUAAUAAGUUGACUAAAGAUACCCAUCCACCUAAAUGCGAUGAUAGCCUCGAACCAGAUUCAGCAUGGUAUACUCCUCUUCGUAAUUGUAUGGUGGUUCCAGAUCCUAAGUUUAAGAAAUCAGGUCUGUCAUCCAUUUCUAAGUGGCCUGAACGAUUGCAUGUUACACCAGAACGGAUCUCAAUGGUUUAUCAUGGGAGUGGUAGUACUUUCAAACAUGAUGACAGUAAGUGGAAAAAGCAGGUAGAGUACUACAAGAAGUUGAUCCCUGACCUUGGGACCGACAAAAUAAGAAAUGUAAUGGACAUGAAUACAGUAUAUGGAGGUUUUGCUACAGCCUUGAUUAAUGAUCCUGUUUGGGUCAUGAAUGUGGUCUCAUCUUAUGCUCCCAAUUCACUUCCUGUGGUUUUUGAUCGAGGCCUUAUUGGAACCAUCCACGACUGGUGUGAAGCUUUUUCGACGUAUCCUCGAACAUAUGACCUACUUCAUCUUGAUGGACUGUUCACAGCAGAAAGCCACAGGUGCGAAAUGAAGAAUGUGUUGUUGGAAAUGGAUCGAAUCUUGCGACCUUGGGGUUACGCAAUCUUUCGAGAAUCCAGUUAUUUUAUGAAGGCUAUAGCAACCAUUGGCAAGGGCAUGCGUUGGGAAUGUAGUAAAGAAAACACUGAGACUGGCAGUGACACGCAGAAGAAUCCAAAUGCUGCCAUUGUGAAGGAAUCAAACUAUACGGGAAGCAUAUGCAUUCCCACCCACGAGUACUGCCAUUUGAAGGACGAUGAUAUUUUUGUACAGAUUGUUUGUGGAGAAGAGCAAUGGACUUAUAUUAAUGCUGAGCAUGAUAUAAUAAUAUUCUGA